AUGUUCGUUAUCAUAUUCCUGCUAAUUGCUAUCCCACUAGUCGUUGCCAGAGAACAAUCGGUUCGAGCGGUAGGAACUCUAACCUGCCACGGAGUCCCCGCACAAUAUGCUGAGCUUCAAUUGGUCAGCAAAAAGGUUUUUGGUGGCGACGCGUUUGCUCGUGACGUCUUCACCGAUCCCUCUGGAUACUUUCAAAUCGCCGGAUACAUCGAUCCGAGCACCUGGUCCACGAUCGAUGCUCGUCUCUAUAUUUGGCACAAAUGCUACGAGAAACCUUAUGAGCAAUCGGAUCCAUGCAGCAAUUGGUUCGAAAUCGCAGUGCCGAAGCUGUACAUAAAUGAGGGACCGUUGGCUCAGAAGACGUGGGAUAUGGGAGAGAUUCGUCUGGAAGUGCCGAAAGAUGGACAAAAAUUGGAUGCGUGUUGA